AUGAAAAAUAAAGCUAACUCUUAAAUCCCAUUUCCUGUAGCCUAUAAUAAAUUGAACCAUUUUUAAUUACCAUUACUUGGAAAAAAGAAAAGAAAGGCUCAUACUAAAAAUCCAUUCAAAACAAAAAUCUAUUAUAUUCCUGAUGAUACUGUUAUGAGAGUAAAAUGUUUAGAUGGAUUCUUAAUGAUUAAUGUAACUAAUAAUGAUAAUCCACAUGAGAUUAUUAGAGCAAAUUUAUCAAGUUUAAUAUUUAAAUAACAUAUUUAGGACUUCGUAUAUAAAACAGUAAACCAGAAGAUUUCUAAUAUUUUUUAAAUUUAUAAGAUUUAGAUGUUUCUGAAAAUUAAUUAUAAUUGGAGGAUUUAACUUCAUUUCCAGCAUUGAAAAUUUUAAAGAUCUGUGCUAACAACAUUAAAAGUAUAGAAAUAACUCAUAAGAAUACAUUUGAAUAACUCUAACAUCUUGAUUUAUCUUUUAAUUAUUUAAAUAAAGAAGCUAUAAGUUCGUUAAAACAUAUAACAGAGUUGAAGGAACUUUAUUUAGUAAGAAAUGAAUUACUUGAAUUACCAACAGAUAUGGCAGAGUUUACUAAAUUAGAAUUAUUAGAUAUAAGUGAUAAUGCAUUUUAAUCAAAUUAGACAGCAUCUGUCUUAUGGGAAGUCUUAGGUUAGAUACCUGAAUUAAAAACUUUAAAUAUUAGUAAAAACUUUUUAAGAGGAAUUCAUACUGAAAGAUUGGUAGUUGGAUAUUUCAAUAAAUUAGAAACUUUAGAUUUCUCUUAUAAUAUAGCUGAAAAUUAACAUAAUCUUAUAUGUGCUCGAAAUUUUACUAAUCUUAAAAAAAUUAUUAUAACAGGAAAUCCAUUUGGAAUUACUAGAGAUCAUCAAGGUUUAGAAAUGGAAAUACAUGCUAGAACAGGCGGUAUUCUUAUUAAUGAAGAAAUUGAAAAAUCUUAUCUUAAAAAACCUAAAAUUAAAAGACCUCCUUGUAAAUUUGAAUAAUUAAAGAGAGUUGAAAAUGAUAUUCUUAAAUUACCAGCAAUUGAAUAAUCUAAGGAUGGAUUUUUAUUAUAAAAUGAAGAAGAGUAAUCUUAAAUUGAUGAAAAUUAAGAAGACAAUAUGUUUGUAACUGAAAAUUAAUAAAUUAAAUAACAAUAAUAAUAAUAAUAAAAAAUAUAGUAAUAGUAUUAAUUACUAAAUAAUAAUUAAAAACCAUCAUCAUAUGAAGAAUUUAAGAAAUUAGCUUAAGAAAUUUUAGGAGAUAAUAAAGAAUAUGAUUAAAAUUAAACAUCAUCAGGAAGACCAGUAUUAGAUUUAACUAAAGCAUAUUAAUAAUUAAAAAGUGUCAUUAAUAAACCUGAAGUUGUUGAUUAUGAAGAUUAUAAAGAACCUAAUUAUAUGAAACCUACUGCAAGUAUUCCAAGAUAUAAAUAUUAAUGUAUGUAUAUAUAUUAUUUAUUUUAUUCUAGAAGUCGAUGAUCCUGAAGAUGAAAGCAUUUAAAAAAGAACUGAUAAUAAUAAUAAUAUUAUUAAUUCUGAAGAAAAUGAAGAUUUUAAUCUUGAAUUGUUAUAGUAAGCCUAAAACUAAGCAUAAUUUUAAUAAUGA